GACCAUGACAAUCAAACGCCUUUACCAGUUUAUAUCGUAACUACGUGUGUUAGUUUUUUAGUUAAUUGAAACAGAAAGAAAAAUGGGAUUAACGCUAUACAAAAAGGACACCAGCCCGCCUUCCCGGUCGGUCUUCAUGACCAUCUACGCUUUGAACAUACCAGACGUUAAAUUCAUAGACGUGUACCUACCAGCUGGAGAACACCUCACCGAAGAAUACAUAAAGAUGAACCCACAGCACACCGUGCCGCUCCUUAUAGACGACGAUUUUCUUAUUUGGGACAGUCACGCAAUCUGCGGGUAUUUGGUCAACAAAUAUGGGAAAGAUGACAGGCUCUACCCUACAGAGCCUAGGAAAAGGGCACUCAUAGACCAACGGCUACAUUUUGACAGCAGUGUAUUGUUUGUAGCAUUGAAGACCACCGUUAUACCUCUCCUCUACCAAGGAGCAAACGGCUUCAAAGAAGAACAUCUAGCUAUGAUUGAUGCAGCAUACGACUUUAUGGAGAAAUUCCUCACAGCACCUUGGCUAGCUGGCGAUGACGUCACACUCGCCGACAUCUGCUGUGUGUCCACCAUCAGCUCUAUGAACGAGAUUAGACCAAUUUACAAGGAAAUAUACCCGAAGCUAACGGCCUGGUUGAAGCGGUGCUCGGAAGAAGAGUUCUACCAAAAGGGAAACGCGAAGAACAUCGUUCUGUUUCGAGAGAUGAUUAGGAACAAGCUGGGUGCUAAUUAGCGAAUAUUAUUGUAAAACAUGAAUAUUGUAACAUGAAAUAAAAUUGUCGCAUGUUAUUGGAACAAAAUGAGAAAGUUCGGUGUGUUCGCAGUCAAUUUUCGACCCAAUGAAUUAAAAGUAAUAACGCUCAAUAUCACACAAUAAAAUAAAGUAAGUGAAUAAUGUUUUAUGAUAUAAUUUCGAUUUCAUUAUGCUAAAAAACACGUUGCUGGCAGUUUUGCCAGCAAUAAUUCUUUAUGGUUUUAACUUUUUCCGUUAAGCUAGCACCGAUAACACAAGCAUAUUAAUUAAUUAAAGUAAGCAAUUGCUUACUUUGGGGCUAGAUGGCAACUGUGUGAAAUUGUCCAAAGAUAUUUAAAAAAUCGCGGGUCAACACACGUGCUCUACUAUUUUACUUUUGACCUUCAUAAUGGAAGUGUUUUUACACAAUUUUCCUCCUCGACAACUUUCAGCAAUUAAUAAAA